GACACAGGAAUAACCAUGCCUGAGCCAGUCCCUGCAGAUGCUCCCCCCGCUGAUGGAGCAGAUACAGACGUUGACGGGGAUGAGCCUGGGAAUACUGAGCUUACUGGACUCUUUGUGGAGAAGCCACCGGAUAAUGUCGUCGCCGUUGCCGGAACGGAUGCCAUUUUCAUUGCCAAGGUUGACUCCACCAACCUGACGAGGAAGCCCACCAUGAAAUGGCUGAAGGGCAAGUGGAUGGAUCUUGGCAGCAAAGCUGGAAAACAUAUGCAGUUCAAAGAAACCUAUGACAGAAAUACUAAGAUCUAUACAUAUGAAAUGAAGAUCAUCAAAGUGGUCCCGGGAGACGCCGGGGGCUACAGGUGCGAGGUGACGGCGAAAGACAAGUGUGACAGCUCCACCUUCGAGAUCUCUGUGGAGGCCGUCCACCAGGAAGAGCAGACCGAUAUUUUGUCGGCCUUCAAGAGGGCGGAUGCUGGAGAGGAUGAAGGAGAUCUGGAUUUCAGUGCCCUGCUGAAAGCUGCUAAGAAGAAAAAGAGACCUGAGAAAGAAGAACCUCAGAUAGAUGUGUGGGAAUUGCUUAAGAAUGCCCAUCCAAGCGAGUACGAAAAAAUUGCCUUUGAGUAUGGCAUCACCGACCUGAGGGGCAUGCUGAAGCGUCUGAAAAAGAUGACGGCCCCGGAGCCUAAGCAUAGCGAGGCCUUCCUGAAGAAGCUCGAUUCUUGCUACUCCGUGGAGAAGGGAAAGAAAAUCGUCCUGACGUGCGAAGUGGUCGAUCCCAACGUCCAGGUCAAAUGGCUGAAGAACGGCCAGGAGAUCAAACCAUCAGCCAAGUACAUCAUGGAGGCAAACGGAAAUGUCAGAACGCUGACCAUCAAUAAGACCACCCUGGCUGACGACGCUGCCUACGAGUGUGUGGUCGGAGAGGACAAGUGUUUCACAGAAGUGUUUGUCAAAGAGCCUCCUGUGACGAUCACCAAGCUGAUGGACGACUAUCACGUGGUCGUGGGUGAAAGGGUGGAGUUUGAGAUCGAGGUGUCAGAAGAGGGUGCUCAUGUCAUGUGGUACUUUGAGGAUGUGGAGCUUCACAAAGACCACGAAAACCCAAAAUACCGCUUCAAGAAGGAUGGGAAGAAGCACACACUCAUCAUCAUGGAGGCCACGCUGGACGACAUUGGAAUGUACCACGCUUGGACAAACGGGGGUCACACCAAGGGAGAGCUGGAGGUGGAAGAAAAGGAACUGGAGGUGCUGCAGGACAUCGCUGACCUGACAGUCCGGGCACAAGACCAGGCCAUGUUCAAGUGUGAGGUGUCUGAUGAUAAGGUCACAGGAAAGUGGUUCAAAGACGGAGUGGAGGUUCUGCCAAGCGAUCGCAUCAAGAUGAGCCACAUCGGAAGGUUCCACAGACUCACUAUUGAUGAUGUGAAGCCAGAGGAUGCUGGAGACUACACGUUCGUGCCAGAUGGAUAUGCUCUGUCACUUUCUGCCAAACUCAACUUCUUGGAGAUUAAGAUCGACUAUGUGCCCAGACAAGAGCCUCCAAAGAUCCACCUGGACACCUCUGGAAACAUGGUCUCCCAGAACACCAUCAUUGUGGUGGCAGGAAACAAGCUGCGUCUGGAUGUGGAGAUCACCGGAGAGCCGGCGCCCACCGUCGUUUGGUCCAAAGGAGACCAGCCCAUCACCGACUCUGAGGGGCGCGUGAGGGUGGAAGCCCGGAAAGAUCUCAGCUGCUUCGUCAUCGAGGGGGCAGAAAGGGACGACGAGGGCAACUACAGCAUCUGUGUCACCAACCCGUCUGGAGAGGACAAGGCCAUGCUGUUCGUCAAGAUUGUGGACGUUCCCGACCCCCCUGAGAAUGUCAAGUGCACUGCGGUGGGAGAGGACUGUGCCACCAUUGUCUGGGAGCCUCCUAAAUUUGAUGGCGGUGCACCGAUCAAAGGUUACCUCAUGGAGAGGAAGAAGAAAGGCUCCUCCAGAUGGACAAAACUCAACUUUGACGUUUAUGAGUCGACCACGUAUGAGGCCAAGAGGAUGAUCGAGGGAGUUCUGUAUGAGAUGAGGGUGUUUGCCGUCAACAGCAUCGGCCUCUCUCAGCCAAGCCUCAACUCCAAGCCCUUCAUGCCCAUUGCCCCGACUAGUGAGCCAACGCGCCUGACAGUCCACGAUGUGACGGACAGCACAUGCAGCUUGAAGUGGCUCCCCCCGGAGAGGAUUGGAGCCGGGGGCCUGGAUGGCUACAUUAUUGAGUACUGCAAGGAAGGAGGCACCGAGUGGGUUGUAGCAAACAAGGACCUCUGUGAGAGGCAGGGGUACGUGGUGCAUGACCUCCCUGUGGGUGAGAAGAUCAACUUCAGGGUGGUGGCAGUAAACAUCGCCGGAAAGAGUCUUCCUGCUACACUGGCACAGCCGGUCACCAUCCGCGAGAUCGUCGAACAUCCAAAGAUCCGACUUCCUCGUGAGCUGAGAACAAAGUACAUCAGGAAAGUAGGAGAAAAGAUCAACCUCACCAUCCCCUUCCAGGGUAAACCACGCCCCGUUGCAACCUGGUACAAGGACGGUCAACCCAUCGACCCCAAGAUGGUCAACGUCCGUAACUCAAACGUGGACACCAUCCUCUUCAUCCGCUCGGCAGAAAGAGAGCACUCGGGAACGUACGAGCUGGUUCUCCAGAUUGAGAACAUGGAGGACAGGGCCACUGUGAACAUCAGGAUUAUUGAACGGCCUGGGCCGCCUUUGAAGGUGAGGGUGACAGACGUCUGGGGCUUCAAUGCCGCCCUGGAGUGGGAGCCGCCCAGAGACGACGGUAACAGUGAGAUUACUGGAUACACCAUCCAAAAGGCAGACAUGAAGACCAAGGAAUGGUUCACCGUUUACGAGCACAACAGACGGACAAACUGCACGGCCUCAGACCUCAUCAUGGGCAACGAGUACAUGUUCCGGGUCUACAGCGAAAACCUCUGCGGCCUGAGCGAGGAGCCGUGCAUGAGCAAGAACACGGCUAAAAUUUCGAAGACAGGUCUGGAACUCAAAGCAAACCCCUACAAGGAGAAAGACAUGUCCUGUGUGCCCAAGUUUACUCAGCCGCUGCUGGACCGGUCUGUAGUCGCCGGUUACAGCACCGCCAUCAGCUGCUCCGUUAAAGGUUACCCAAAGCCUAAGAUCACUUGGAUGAAGAACAAAAUGAUCAUCGGCGAGGAUCCCAAGUUCCUGAUGCAGAACAACCAAGGAGUGCUGACCCUCAACAUUCGCAAGCCGAGCACCUUUGAUGGAGGCAAAUACUCCUGCCUGGCUGUUAAUGAGCUGGGCCAGGAUGAAGUGGAGUGCAAACUGGAUGUUAGAGUUGCCGUCGACCCGGAGAAGAAGUGAGAAACCGAACAGCAAAGAAUGUGAAAUGAUACAAUCCAAACAGUGAAUGAACAGUGAACUGUCACUACGUAGA